UCAUCACCACUCUCGCCACCAGAAUCUUCUUCUUUUCUCUAUUCGAGCAGUCGACAGGUCCUGAGAUAGUUGAUCUGCUUCGUUUCCUGAGAGCGCAUAUAUCCCAUUAGCUUGGUCGAUAUAUACCGAAUCUAUUCACUGCUUGCUGUUUCUUGCUAUAUCUAGACGCGAAUAACAAAACACAGAAAUAACAAGAGAGACGAUGUCGUAUGCAGCGACGGCAACCGCGUUUGCACCCCAGCCUCCCGCCGCGAGUUCUGGCUCGGGUUCGAGCAAUCCUACGCCGUAUCAGAGAAACCUGAAUGUUCACUUGAUUUGCCCAGACUGCCGCGAAGUGCCGCCGAAUCUGGUGGAGAAUUUCAGCGAUGGGGAUAUGGUCUGUGGGUCUUGUGGCCUCGUUCUCGGUGAUCGAAUAGUCGACACACGGUCAGAAUGGCGUACGUUUGCGAACGACGAUCAAGGCAACGACGACCCGUCUCGAGUCGGAGAAGCAGUCAACCCGUUACUGAACGGAUCGCAGCUUGAUACGAUGAUUUCCUACGGCGCGCAGGGCAGCACUGCCGGACGCGAGCUGAAUCGGGCGCAGAACAAGGUGGUGCACGACAAGCGCGAUACGGCGCUGCAGGCCGCGUACAGCAAGAUCUCGCAGAUGUGCGAGCGGUACUCUCUGCCGAGGAUUGUGCAGGACACGGCGAAGGAUAUUUUCAAAAAGGUGGAGGAUCACCGGAAGCUGAAGGGCAAGUCUCAGGAGAGCAUCGAGGCGGCGGCGAUCUUUAUUGCGUGUAGACAGAGCGGCGUGCCGCGAGCGUUCAAGGAGAUUUGUCUGCUGACGAAUGUGCCAAAGAAGGAGAUUGGGCGGGUGUUUAAGGUGAUUGACAGUAUUCUGCUGGAGAGCGGAUCGAGUUUGAAUGCGCAGGUGGGAGCGACGGAUCAGGAGUAUCAGGCGGUGGGGACGAACGCGGAGGACCUGAUGAACCGAUUCUGCUCGCACUUGGGCCUGACGACGCAGGUGGCCAGCGGGGCGCAGUAUAUAGCUCGGCAGGCGGCGAAGGAAGGAAUUCUGGCUGGGCGGUCGCCGAUCUCUAUUGCAGCGGCUACGAUAUAUAUGGCGGCGGGACUGUUUGGGGAGGCGAGGAGCGCUGCCAAGAUAGCGGAGAGAGCGGGAGUGAGCGAUGGAACGAUCAAGACAAGUUAUAAGUUUUUGUGGGAAGCGCGCGAUAAGCUGGUUGAUCCGGUGUGGAUUGAGAGUAAGAAGGCGAGCAUGAGCGGUUUGCCGAAGGUGUAAAGAAGUGUGUGAGGAAGUAUGUGAGGAAGUAUGUGAGGAAGUAUGUGAAGAAGUAU